AAGAAAAUGGCGGAUGUAGAGCGACGAACAGAUCGGCAUUCUUUUCAGAAUUUUCUAAAUGUGUGUGAUGGCAUAGUUCAGGAUGUUGUUCGUUUGCUAAAAUCAGACUGCAGGAACACAGAUUAUUUGGAUUCUGCAUUGUUACGACUCCAGACUGUAGCGACUAAUGUUCUACGAAUAUCACAGAGAUGGGCGGCUGUAGAAGAACUGUUGGAUAUGCUGAGUGAACUCAUUGGAGCUGUUGAAGAAUUAAAAGGAUCUGAGAAAGAUUUAGCGUAUAAAAUGGUUAGGAUUAAUGAUGGUAAUCGUGGUCGUCCAGUAUACGACAUUACCAAAGAUCAACUUGAGUACCUUGUAGAUUUAAGCUUCACCGGAACAGAGAUGGCAAAACUCCUUCAGGUUUCUCAUUCAACAAUUAAAAGAAGAUUAAGGUUUUAUGGUCUGUCAACAACGGAACAGUAUAGCUCAAUAUGUGAUGAUGAUUUAGAUCAGCUACUGCAGCCAAUUAUAGAAGAGAAUCCCCAUCUUGGCUACAGAUCUAUUCAAGCAAGAUUAAAAGUUUGUGGUCACUUUUGCCAAGAAACCAGAGUGAGAGAAGCUCUUGUUAGGCUUGAUCCAGCAGCUGUGGCAAUGAGAUGGUGUGACACUGUGCAAAGACGUAAAUAUCGUGUUGCAGGUCCUAAUUCAUUAUGGCAUAUAGAUGGGAAUCAUAAAUUGAUAAGAUGGCGUUUUGUUGUACACGGAGGAAUUGAUGGAUUCAGUAGGCUUAUAGUUUUCCUUACCAUUUCAACAAACAAUAAAUCAGCUACAGUUCUACAAUCGUUCCUAACAGCUGUUCAGAAAUAUGGUUUACCAUCAAGAGUAAGAACCGACCAUGGAACAGAGAAUGUAGAUGUGGCCACUUUCAUGACCUUACAAAGAGGGCCUUACAGAGGAAGUGUCUUACAAGGCAAAAGUGUCCACAACCAAAGAAUUGAACGACUUUGGCUAGAUAUGUAUCGUGGAUGCACCAAUAUAUAUUAUGAUUUGUUCACUUUUAUGGAAAGGGAAGGCAUCCUUGAUUUGGAAAGUGAAAUUCAUUUAUGGUCACUACAUUAUGUAUUUAUGCCAAGGAUCCAAAGAUCUCUGGACACGUUCAAAAAAAUGUGGAAUAAUCACAAAAUCAGAACAGAAAGAGGAAAAACACCAAAGCAAUUGUUUUUACGAGGUGCAUUACAACUGUGUAACAGUAACAAUGUAGCAGUUGCAGAAAUGUUUGAAACUGAUAUAGUUCAGGAAGAAGACUUUGGUAUUGAUUGGGAGGGACCAAUUCCAGUUGAAGACACUGAUGGAACUGCAGUAAAUGUACAUACCACCAACUGUCCAGUUCCACCAGAAAAUUUUAAUGAACUGAAGAGGCAGAUUGAUCCUCUUUUGGACAGAAAUGACUUUGGAAUUUCAAAUUAUCUUGAUACAUUGCAAUUUAUUGAUCAACAUGAUCAAUAAUAACAAAAAUGUGAAAAAAAGCUCAAAACAGGUUUCCUAAAAUAAAAUUAGAAGAUUCAUCAUAUUCAUGUAAAAUUUUCCUUCCAUUCAAUAAGUAAAUCUAUAUUGUAGCCAAUGUUUUUUAAGCCCUGACUUUAAAAAAAGUGGGCAUAUUUAUAGACAUCCCUAAAUUGUCUGUAUGUAGUCAUGUGGCUGAAAAACUCAGCAACAUAUUUCCAUAGCCACUUUCAAUUUUAAAACAUGCAAGUAACAUUACGUGCAAAUGAAUCCCUUUAAAAAACUAUUGUUACAUGUCUAUAUUUGCAAUGUACAUUUUUCCAGAGUUAUUGCCUUUAAAGGCUUUGUUAAAAACUAGAAGCACUUUGCGAUUGGAAAUAUGGUAUGCAACUUUCCAAGAAGUAAAAACACAUUUUUGAAAUUGGGUCCAUUUGAUUUUAGCAAUGAAGAGUUACUCCCUUUAACUUUAAACUAAAGGCUCUAAAGAGCCUGUGUCCCUCGCCUUGUUCUAUGUGCAUAUUAAACAAAGGACACAGAUGGAUUCAUGACAAAAUUGUGUUUUGGUGAUGGUGAUGUGUUUGUAGAUCUUACUUUACUGAACAUUCUUGCUGCUUACAAUUAUCUCCAUCUAUAAUGAACUUGGCCCAGUAGUUACAGUGGAAAAUAUUUUGAAAAGAUUAACUUAAUUCAUGAAAAUGGUUAAAAAUUGACUAUAAAGGGCAAUAACUCCUUAAGGCGUCAAUUUUGGUCAUGUUGAUUUAUUUGUACAAUUUACAAAAUGUAUAAAAAUUGUAAAAAAUUGACUAUAAAGGGCAAUAACUCCUUAAGGGGUCAAUUGACAAUUUUGGUCACUUGACUUAUUUGUAGAUCUUACUUUGCUGUAUAUUAUUGCUGUUUACAGUUUAUCUCUAUCUCUAAUAAUAUUCAAGAUAAUAACCAAAAGCUGCAAAAUUUUCUUAAAAUUACCAAUUCAGGGGCAGCAACCCAACUACGUGUUGCCUGAUUGGUCUGAAAAUUUCAGGGCAGAUAGUCAUGACCUAAUGAACAAUUUUAUCCUCGUCAGAUUUGCUCUAAAUGCUUUGGUUUCAGAGAUAUGAGCCAAAAACUGCAUUUUACCCUAUGUACUAUUUUUUAGCCAUGUCUGCCAUCUUGGUUAGCGGGUGGAGUCAUCGGACACAUUUUUUAAACUAGAUACCCGAAUGAUGAUUGUGGACAAGUUUGGUUAAAUUUGUCUUAGUUUUUGUAAAAGAUUACAAAAAUUUACGAAAAAUGGUUAAAAAUUGACUAUAAAGGGCAAUAACUCCUUAAGGGGUCAACUAACCAUUUUGGUCAAGUUGACUUAUUUGUAGAUGUUACUUUGCUGAACAUUAUUGCUGUUUACAGUUUAUCUCUCUCUAUAAUAAUAUUCAAGAUAAUAACCAAAAACGGCAAAAUUUCCUGAAAAUAACCAAUUCAGGGGUAGCAACCCAACAACGGGUUGUCCGAUUCAUCUGAAAAUUUCAGGGCAGAUAGAUCUUGACCUGAUAAACAAUCUUAUCCCAUGUCAGAUUUGCUCUAAAUGCUUUGGUUUCAGAGAUAUAAGCCAAAAUCUACAUUUUACCCCUAUGUUCUGUUUUUAGCCAUGGCGGCCAUCUUGGUUGGUUGGCCGGGUCACCGGACACAUUUUCCAAACUAGAUACCCCAAUGAUGAUUGUGGCCAAGUAGUUUCAGAGAAGAUUUUUGUAAAAGUUAACGGACGACGGACGCCAAGUGAUGAGAAAAGCUCACUUGGCCCUAUGGGCCAGGUGAGUUAAAAAUGCUGAAAAAUUCAUAAUACCGGUAACAAGGGUUAAAAAUUCUACUCCAGAACAAAAGAUUUGAGAUCCCAUAAUCUAGUAUAAAAGUUAUGAAAAGUUGAUCAAUGCAAGUAUUGCUCUGGCACCAAAAAAUAUCAACUGCUAGAUUUUGUCAUUAAUUUUUAAGGAAAAAAAGACUCACACAAAUUCAAUGUGAAUGGGUUUGCAUUGGUAUCAACUAUGUUUUUGUCUCGCCUUGACCAAGUCAAGAAGCUAGACAUACAAUGUAGGUCUGCUGUUUCCAGCGGAGUCAACAAUGUAUUGGUUUGCGAUUACUCAGUUUUGUGUGGAACCACUAGUGGUAGGUCAAUGAUAUUUGGUAUGCAGUUGUACUAGCAUUGGCACAUCUCAUUUCCAUAGAGAUUAUUUUGCCAUACCCCCUCAUUCGUGGUCUAUUGACUAUGAAAUUUUUGCAUAGUUUACAUGUACACAAAUGUAUAAGUUCGUGAUUAGGUCAGUUAUUGGGGAACCACUAGUGGUAGGUCAAUGAUAUUUGGUAUGCAGUUAUAUAAGCAUUGGCACAUAUAAUUUCCAUGGUGAUUACUUGGCCAAACCCCCUCAGUCAUAAUUUAUUGACUGAAACUUUUGCUGAAGAUUUCGUGUACACUUAGUUUGAGAUUAUAUGAAAAAUUAUGUGUUUUUACUGUAAAAAUUGUGAAUAUUAUGUACUGCUUUUAAUAUGUUUAAAAAUUUGAUGGGAUGUUAGGUUAUCUUAUGUAUAAUGGAGUACAUUUUGUAUAUAAGAACUGUCCAAAUUCCAUGGAUACAAUUCCUACAAUCUGUGACUAAAAAAAUUGGGUUUUCAAGGUCAACUGAGACCGUAUCAAUUUGAUUGGAAUCCAUGAAGAAAUGAUAUCAGUAGAACUUCUUUAAAUUAAUGGUAUCCUGAGAUUUAUGAUUAUAAACCAACCCAAUUAUGGUAUGAAUCUAUGAUAAACGUAAUAGAAUAAAACUCAGCAACUCCAAAAUAUCCAAUAAAUAAAUAUGAAGACAAUCUCAUUUAAUUAUAAGAUGCCACAAUUAUGAAGCAUGUUAAUUGAUAAAAUCAGUAUUGCCGUUUUUUGUGCCAAUGUAAAAUAGUAAUUGUUGAUGUGAUAUAUAUGAAGACACAAGAUAAGGUUUACAUGUUUUAUUUAAAAAAAACUGUAAAUUGACACUCAAUAACACUGAGAAGCUCAUCUGAGCCUGUAUUACUCCCCUAAUUUGUUAUUUGAUAUAGAGCUGAACACACAUAGUAAUGAAAUUUUAUAUAGAUAAAAUUUGAGCCAAUUCUGGAAGCCAUGUACCCAUGGGCCUUCACUUGUACAAGGAAGAAAACUCCAUCAAGAAUAAGCUUCAUAAAAUGGUUUGAAAUGAAUUUAAGGUCAAGUAAUAGUAAGUAGGCUAUGUCACAGAUUUUGCUAAAAUUUUGCAUGCAAUCUUGGAUCGUUAGACAACAGAAAAUAAAAAAAAAUAAUGCAUUUAUCUCUUUUAUUAUCUAAAAUAUUACGCACGGAUUGGUUUCUUUCAUUAUGGGUGAAGACUUGUAUAGAAAGCACAUGAAAUUGGCAAAAAACCUUCUAAAAUUGUCUUAAAAUCCUCAAAUCUCUAAUUUUACUCCAUUGUUUUUUUUUUAAACUUCAUGUUGUUGAUACAUAAAUUUGUUUUAAUGAUAUAAAAUAAUCAUACUUUUUUUUAAAUUUUGUAGUGAAAAACAUCAAAUGUUACUUCAAGGUAUUAAUAUGUAAAUGUUUUACUAUUUAGUAUUUUUUUAUACGACCGCAAAAAAAAUUUUGUGGUCGUAUAUUGGUAUGACGUUGGCGUCGUCGUCCGAAGACACAUUGGUUUUCGCACUCUAACUUUAGUUUAUUAUAUUAUAUGAAAAUGUUUUAGUCCUUAAUGAGUUUUAAUUUUAUGUUUUAAUAAAUAGUUUAGUUUUA